AGUGCCUCGACUGCGGACAUGUUCUCAUACCUGUAUUUAAUAUACGCGUGAUCCCCAGACCCUGAACAAGAGGUGGUCUUAGAGAGUGUGCUGUGCAUCUCCGAGGUGAAUAGUAAAGACGACGGUGAAGUGCCGUUGAACGACAUCUGAACCAGGCCUUGACGGUCUACGACUAUUUCGCAACCUCGCACACACCUCUUCCGCCGGACGGAAGAUAUUUCGAUUCAACUUCAACCUUUUUAAUCCUUCCUCGAUUUCAGUAGACCGCUAAAACCACACGUUCUUUCCCACAAAACAACCGUCAACAUGGGCAGACUCAUCAAAAACCAUCUGGCGCGACUGAUCAUCAUGUCAGCAGCCUUCUACCAGUUUGCCGGAUCUAUUGAAGGCUUCUUCUGGCCAAAGGUCUUCUGGGACUUCUUGUCACACAACCUCGACGGCGCAGUGAAACCCGCACCAGUCUUGCAGAUACUCAACUUGAUAAUGAGUCUAGUGGCUUUCAUGUGGGAAUGGCCACUCAAGCCUCUGGCUGGAACGCUGCCACACCGCAGUAUCGAACUGCGCCUGGUGGUUUAUCCCCUCAGUGCACUUAUCUGCGCACUUCUGUACCAAACAGGAGACGCGGCAGUCUAUUACCUGAUCGGCAUGGGAGUUUACUUCUGGGCCUUCAGUGAAGGAGAGGUUGUUUGCCCUGAACCAUGGACUCUGCCGAAGAAGGUCCGCCCUGGAAAAGUGUAGGCGGGGGAUGGGGAGCUCCAUUAGUGCUUUUACAUCCAAGACACGUUCCUACGAACACUCAGGUUUAGUUGUUCGUUCCUCGGGAGGUCUGUAUGCUACAACUCUCCUAAUCCGCAAUCAGGGCAGGCUUCCGCUA